GGGGCGUGUAUGGAAGGGGACUGUACAGUAAGUACAUAAGAUGUGCUACACUGUCUGAGUACGAAGGUGAGGAGGCAGGCUUGAGGCAGGCAGUGCACACUGCAGAACGGACUGUAUCUGCCUUUGUUUUGUUUGUUGGCGCAGAUUGUCCCUCUCGCAGUCCCCUGCACCAUCAUGUUUGACCGGUCCAUGUACGCCAUCCGAUCUCAAGUCGGCGUCCAGCUGCUCACGCGUAUCGUCACCUUCAUCUUCAACGCCGCCACAACACGAUGUGUCGACGCGCCGACCUACGGCAUCGGCCAGCUGAGCCUGCCCAUGCUCAACCAGGUGGCCCUCUUCCUGCCCAAGGAAGGUCUCAGACGGGCCGCACAGCGGAGGACAGAGGCGAAAGAUGGCACCAAAGACGACCACGAUGAUGACGACCAGUCGGCGCUGAACCUUAUGUGGCUUGCUGAAGGCAUCACGGUAGUCACUGCCUUCGCCCUCGGCUGUGUGUGGCUGGCAAACCCUCCCCAGAAGGUGGCGACCAUCCCCGCAUCUGGUGGUCUUUCGUCUGCGGCGGCGUAUCGGCUGUCGAUUAUCAUGGUGACCGUCGGCUGCUGCAUCAAAGGGAUCGGCGAGCCCGUGUUGAUCCACUGCCAGCAGAGAGGGGAGCUGAGCGUGCGCUCACAGGCAGAGGGUAUCGGCCUGGUCGCCAAGACGGCGGGGGUCGUCGUCAGCUUGAUGGUCAUCCGCAUGCACGGGCUGCUGGCGUUCGCUGUGGGGCAGGUGUGUCUGGACGUUGUGUGGGUUGCUUAUCUGCUCAUGGCCGCGCACACACUGGAGAAGAAGGGUGACGGGACCACCCUUAUGGGCGUGGUGACCAAGCUCUUGCCGUCUCGGCUCAAGCAGCCAGUCAAGGUGCCGACAGAGGGCGGGAGGGGGCGGCUUCGUAGGCUUCGUGCGCUUCUUGCGAGGUUCCGUGGGUUUCUUGGGAUGUGGCUGACGCCAGCGCACCAACGGUUUGCGUGCGAGUACUCUCUGCUGGCGCUGCAGAAGCUGCUGCUUACCGAGGGCCAGAACCUUAUUUUGAUGAAGUUCUUCCCGGAGGAAGACUGGGGCGUCUCUGUGCUGGUGCAGAACUUCGCCAGCAUCAUCCUGCGAGUGCUCUUCUCGCCUAUAGAGGAGACGGCCACGGCGGCCUUCAGCUUCAUGCAGCGGAGCCAGCAAGCCGACUCGGGGGACUCGGGAGAAGCGAAGCCAGCAGGUCCUGGCGACGAGACGAUGGCUUUGUUGAGGGUGUUGAUCUUCAUGGAGGGGUCGAUAGGGUGGUUUGGGGCGGUCAUGGGGCCGCCCUUCUGCUACUCGGUGGUGUUCAUUCUCAACGGCAGAGAAUGGGCAAUGUCCGCCGCACCGAGAGUCAUGCAGAGGUCAGUCAGUGACACAGAAGCCCCCCACUCACUCUGAUGCAUGUGUCGCUUUCUGCUGGGUGAUAUGUGUCCUUCCUUGCUGCAGCUACUGUGUGCUCUUGUUCCUUAUGGCGUUGAACGGCAUCCUGGAGGCCUUCAUGUACGCCUGUGCGACACCCCGGUGGCUGCAGCGAUGUCAGUGGGUGAAUGUGGCCAUCAGCCUGUCGUUUGUUCUUUUGGCCGUGCUGCUCAAGGACGUCGGCGAGGGCGGCCUGGGGCUCGUUUACGCCAGCUGGGCCAACAUGGCCAUGCGCAUCUUGCUGGUUCUCUUCUAUGUGGCCAUGAUGCGCCACAGGGGCGUGCUGCCGGCGUGGCGAGGGAUGGGUGGGGCUGUCAGGGGUCUCGUGUUGCCCAAGACAGUCAAAGUGUGGGGCAUUGUAGUGCUGGCCAGGCUUGUGUGUGAGGCGGCCAUUGCGUGGGGGAUGGAGGGGGGAAUGCGGGCGGCACUGCUCGUCAGCAGUGAUGCGGCAGACGGUGGUGCAUCUGUCACCGCCAUGGGGCUGUGGGGUGUGGCCUUGCGUGAGGCGAUGAUGGCUGCAUGUGUGAGCGGUGUUGUGUUCGUGCUGACCUAUAGGGAUGUGUAUCGGUCUGUCAGGGAGGUGAAAGACAGCAUCGAGGGGGACAGGACGGCUGCAAUAAAAAAGCAAACGUGAUCACCGGCAGCCAUUCAUCUUAACUCGCGUCUUGCUGCGAGCUCGUGGGGGCGUGUGGGGGCGAGGAGACUGGGAAAGAGGUGAGUCACCGCUUCAUCCGUACUCCGACGCCACGACAGUGUAUCCCUCCAGCCAUCCAGUCAUCUCCUCCAUGUGUGUGUUUCGUCAGAAUAAAGGCCGAGAGCAAGAUACCUCGGGCGCUGCUGCCCACUGCUGCCCACUGCUGCUGCUGGUGCUGUUGCUGCUGGGGAAUGGGAGGGGGAGGGAGGGAAGGGGGUGGGGGAGGGGGGAAAGGCGGCCACGGCCGCCAGCGACCGACGCGCGUCGGUUGCCUUGACGGCAGCUCCCCCCGGCGGCCGCUCGUCCAGUCUGCUGCUGCAGCGGACGAAGAGCCUGGACGACAUCCCCGAGGUCUCAUCGGGGGAGACCUCGGAGGUGGACGCCCAGGACAGGGGCGGUCCACUGCCUGAGUGGGCCGAGCGCGGUCAGAGAGAAGGGAAAUGAGGCAGAGAGGGAGAGAUGAAAUAGACUUGGAUGGAUGAUUCUGUCUUUGUUCAUUCCUACAGACAUCGACAACGGCUUCGGCCAGUAUAUCGAUGUUGUGCCGGAGGAGACGGAGGAGUGGGUGCGGCGAAGUGAGAGGGACGGAAAUCUGUCUGCACACACGAGGAGAGACACAGACUUGGAUGAUGGACGGGCGCACAAAGACGUCUUCUUUGUUUCUGCCUGUUCGAUACAGACAUGCUGAGGAGCAUCGGGGCGUGGAUCGAUGAGGGGGUCGACGAGGAGGAAGGUAAGGAAGGAGAGUGACACUCACUGGUGGUGCAUGUGGUAAUUCAUCGCUGUAUGUAUGUGUUGAUUGGCUCUGUGUGCUGUGCUGCAUGCAGAGCCAGGGGGGCUGACCUCGGGGGUGGACCUCCGUGACAUGGACGCUCUGCUGUCAGAGCUGGGCGAGCGAGGUCAGGGAACGGGAAGGAGGGAGAGACAGAGAGGUGAGAUAGAUCAAGUUGGAUGAUUCCGUCCCUGUCUGUUCAUCGCUACAGAAAUCGAGAGCUGCUGCCGCCUGUCGAUCGAUGUUGUGCCGGAGGAGACGGAGGAGUGGGUGCGGCGAAGUGAGAGGGACGGAAAUCUGUCUGCACACACGAAGAGAGACACACACUUGGAUGAUGGACGGGCGCACAAAGCCGUCUUCUUUGUUUCUACCUGUUCGAUACAGACCUCAUGCGCAGCAUCGGGCCGUGGCUCGACCAAGGGAUCGACGAUGACGAGGGUAAGGAGAGAGACACUCACUGGUGGUGCGUGUGGUAAUUCAUGGCUGUAUUUCUGUGUUGAUUGGCUCUUGUGUGCUAUGCUGUAUACAGAGCCGGCCAAGCCCCCGCCAAAGAGCAGCCCCAGCCCAGCCAGAGUGCUCCCCUCCCUCCGCCGCACCAAGGAGGACGAGGGCAUCACUUACAAGACCUACCCGGGAGAGCGGAAGACGUGGUGGCAGCGGCUCUGGCGGGCGCUGCGGGUGGGGUCUACGUCGUGCGGCGCAAGAAAGCCGCCGCGGCCUCGCCUCCCCACCGCCAAGGUGCGCCCACUGGUCCACACAACGGACCGAUGUCCACACCUCAUCAAGACCCCAUGGUGAUGGGCGCG